CGUCCAACCGUUUUUAUUUUCAGCGCCAUUUCAUAGCGUCUUGGAACAAACCCACGAUUCCGCAAAACCGAGGUUACGACUCUCGAAUCGAUACGACAAACGGCAGUGUUUGUCGGGACGCUAGACGCAAGACUGUCGGAACGUCAAACGGUAUAAAUAGCGUUCUGAACAUUGAACUUGUUUGUUCAAGUUUAAUUUAUAGCGGUAAUCGACCGGAUCUAUUAAUAUGAGUGGCGGUAGAAUGUGGAGAAAGCCUAGAGAAAGACUUCGCUACACUAACGAGCACAGUUUGAUGCUUCUGAAGGAAGUUUUAGACAGAAAUCCGUUCGAAGAUCCUUAUAGAUGGAGUACGGUACAUGAUAAUUUCGUGCGCAUGACGGGCCGUCCUCACACUCUCCGCUCGGUUAGGGAGCACGUAGAUUAUCUUUUGAAACUUUAUGUAAAAGGAGAUUUGGAAAAUAAAGCUCGGUACAAAGGUAGUGAUGAAGAACACCAAGAGAAGUUACAAAUGCUGCAAGAAGUUUUGGUAUUGAAAGAGAAAUAUUUUGAUGUCAUUCAAGAGAAAAAACCGAAAGUAGAGAGGACGAUAAAGCGAAGCAGAUCUGAAUCAUCAAAUGACGACGCGGAAGAAAAUACUGAUAUGUUUUUGGAUGACGACUUUAAUGAUGAAAGUUUAAAUUUACAAAAUAAUGCGAAUGUGACAUCAGGUUAUGGGGGUGGAGAGAUAACCAAUGUAGUCACAUUACAGUUUUUGAAAGAAAAACAUGCAACAGAGGUAGAACUUAAGAAAAAAGAAUUAGAGCUCCAAGAUAGAAAAAUAUCACUUGCAGAAAAAGAAUAUAAAUUGGCAAGGCAGAAAUUUGAUUUAGAAAAGCAAGAAAGGAGCAGACGGUUAGACCUAGAAAUUCAAGAACGAACUAGUCACCUUAAGACAUUAGAACAGCAGCAAAUAAUUAUUAAUAUGUUUCUUGAACAAAACAAGAGUUAAAAGUACUUAUUACUUACUUAUUUAAAUAUUUAGUUGACUACUGGAUAUUUUCUUUAGGACAUUAAAUACCAUAAGAUUAAAAAAAAAAUGGUGUUACUGACAUUUUGUGUGUAAUAUUAUAGUAAGCCUAUUGAACACCAUUUCUUUCAAUCAUAUGGUAUAAUAUUUAUUA